AUGUGCAUUUUAAAUGUGGUGAGAUUAUCUCUGGGUAAAAUAUCUAACCCAUUAGAUCUUAAUCAAAAUGUUGUGCACAAUUUAGAGUUGACAAGCAGUCAAAGGAUUGCAUAUUUGAUUAUCAGUUUGUUUAGUUUAUUGUUUAACUGUGCUUUGUUGGGUAUUUGGUGGUCCACUAGCAUAUCAUCAGUUUACUUAUUAUUUGCAUCGAUAAAUUUCAUUCAAAUAUUGAUUAGUAUUUCCAUUGUACAAAUCAAUAUCGAUAUAAUCAAUGUCUCAAAUGAUCGUUUUGCAAAGAGAAUGCACAACUUGUUUAUUCUUAGUAGUGCAUUUGUCAUUGGUCAAAGUAUAAUGGGUGAAACAAUUACUUUGCUAGUUAAUGACAAGAACAGGUUAAGUCCCUUGAUUGGAAGAUUGAUUUUUGCCUAUGACUUGUUGAUUUGUUUUCUUGGUUUACUUUAUAUUGCAUGUACUGCUAUUGCCAGUGUCAAAUUUGACUACAAGCCUAUGGAUAAUUUAAAUGAAGUCCCUGUUAGUGUACCCAUUUUAUUUGGAUGUGGAUUGGGAAUUAUGAUUUUGGAGUUUUUGUGUACUAGAUACUUCCGGUUGAGAACAAUGACUACUCAUUACGAAGUUGAAGAGUAUGAUUUAUGUGGAUUGUCACAACAUCAAAAGCAUGGAUGGAGUAAGUUGAUUGACUUGAACAAGAAAUACAAUGCUGGUAUUUCUGGUGAUUAUGUUAUUUCCCUAAUGGAGAAUUAUGUUCAUGCUGAUUUACCAGGUAUGAGAUGUAAAGUGUUGCGUGUUUUCAACAAGAGCGAGAAAUCAACCCAACAACUGCAACAGCCCCAUUCGCAACAAAAGUCUUCACUGAAUGAAAAACAAGAUGAGAAAAAUAACAACACUGGCUUAAGCUCAAGCAAAACCCAUGACUCUGAUUUAACAAAGAUGAAUCAUGAUCUUGAUGAAAAGAAUGAAAAGAGAAAAAUGUACCGAGCAUUUGAUGAAUUAGAUCAGGAUUCGUUAUUGUUUAUGAAUGCUCCUACUUUAUUCAGUAGUGAUGAUUCAAUCCACGAUUUAGAAGAACAAUUCAAACCGUUGAGUAAAAACCAAUUGAAAAAAUUGGCCAAAAAGAAUAAAAAGGAUAAAGCAGCAUUGGAAUUACAAGCAUUAGAAAACAACACGGAAAAGUUUUACCAAGAGUUGAUGAACACACAAGCACUUGUCUUGUUGACUAUAGUUGAAGAAUUCGAUUUGAGUGAACGUAUUCCUGGUUGGAUUGGUAAAAAGGUCAACAAAUGGUUUGGUAGAAACUCAAAGUUCCCAAUUUUGUGUAUCAAAUUCGGUUUGUUAGGAUUCCACUGGCCAUUCAAAAGAUCAACUUUCUACUGCUCAUCCACCAAGAAGCCAAUCGCUAGAAGUGCCAGUGUACUUUAUGCUAUAUCCGAAUGGAACAAAACUAACGAGAAAUGUACUGUAUUAUUAGACCCAAUUUACAAAGAUGCCACAUUUGAAGCUGGGGUUGAUUAUUCAGGAUGGGUUAAAAUCAACUUACCAAACAGUCAUAUUAUUGAUUUACGUCCCUUCCACAACCAAACCAGUACUGAAUAUUUCAAAGCUAUUAAAUAUAGAAAUCAAGAUAACGCAUUUAAACAAGCCAAGGGACAAGUUAUUGAAUCAAAUACAUUCAAUUUCGAAAAUUGUCAAGAAAUCAUUGUCAUGAAUGAUCAUAUUGCUAAUAACCGUCAACUGAAUGGGCAAUCAUCACAAUUACUUCAUCCUGAUUGGGAAUUCAUCUACAAUUUAGGCAAUUAUUCCAAUGAAAAGAAAUAUAGAUCAUUACUAUUCCUAAAAGUUGAUGAUGAAAUUAUUGCCUCGUGCGUUAUUUUCCGAUUAGGUGAAACUAUGACAUCUGAUAUUCAAGGUUUAAAUCAUGAAAUUAGUAAGAAAUACAAAGCAUACUUUGUCAUGAUGCAAGAAGUGAUUAAAAUGGGAUUGCGCGAAAAUGUUUCAUUUAUUGAUUUCGGCCCAACUACCGAAGAUGCGAAAGUAGCUAUUGGGUGCAGUGUUGUGCCAUUAAUGGGAUCCAUUUAUCCAAAGAGUAAAUUCAUGGGUCCUAUUAUCAAGUUCGCUGCUAGUAAAGUUGACGUAUAG